AAGAUCUGCCGCUUUGUCACGUGGUCACGUGGACGUGGAGUUUCCCCGCUCUGGUGUGUCUGUGGCGUCUCUUCCUCAUUUAUCGCAUUACAUCCCAUCCAUCCCAUCGUCACCGUCUCUGCACUUUCCGUUCCUUCGAUUCUUUUCGAUCACACUACACAAUUAUGUGCUUAUCAUUCCAGCACCUUCUUUCGCCGCUGCUUUUCGUUAAUCUCCCCGCUCUUUGAUUCCGGAGGCUUGCCGGAAGUGGAUCGAAUUUUCGCUGCUUUUUAGCACCAUCGGGAUGUGUUCUCUGCAGUUUUCGGAUUGCAGAGGCCUCGACCAGUGGACCUUCGCCGCUGGAUUCGGUCCGGUUGGGAGGAAGUUGCGGGAGAGUAAUGUUGUGAUUCAAUCUGCCUCGGUUGGUGGAUUCUUCGAUUGGAACAUUGCUGGCACGAGAGUGAAGAAGCUGCGGUUGAAUCGAAGGAAAUCCAGGGUUUUUGCCAUGUCCUCCACUGAAUAUAAGAUGAACUUGAACGAGUACAUGGUGACGCUGGAUAAACCUCUUGGCAUCCGUUUCGCACUUUCGCUUGACGGGAAAGUUUUCGUGCAUGCGCUUCAGAAAGGGGGUAAUGCUGAUAGAUCCAGAAUAAUAAUGGUUGGGGAUACCUUGAAGAAGGCAAGUCAAUCAUCUGAUGGGAAGCUUGUUGAGAUCAAGGACUUUGGAGAUGCAGAGAGUCUUAUUGAAGAGAAUUCUGGCUCUUGCAGCCUUGUCCUCGAGAGGCCCUUCUCUCCUUUCCCCAUUCAUCAGUUCUAUCAUAUGAAUGAUCUUGAUAUCUUGUUCAAUCGUGGCCGUGUUCCUGUUGCGGCUUGGAACAAAAGUAUGCUACCAUCAAAUUUGCGUGCAUCUGGUGAGAGUAAUGGAAAUUGUGGGUUUGUGGUCUUCUGCCCAAAGUUUUUGGCUGCCCAAGGGUGGAAGAGUUUAAAUAAUCAUAGUGGCCAACAAACUAUCAGUAAGACCACAACUGCUCUCCCAUUCAGUCCUCUCAUAUCCAUUUUCACAGAGAAGGUACUCGAAGAAGCUGAAUGGGCUCAUGGGAGCUUCCCACUGGAUGAGUAUGUGAAGGCACUGGAGCGUUCUAGGGGGGAGCUGUAUUAUAAUCAUUCUCUUGGUAUGCGCUAUAGUAAGAUUACAGAGCAGAUUCAUGUUGGGUCAUGCAUUCAGACAGAAGAAGAUGUAGAGACUUUAGCUACUACUGUGGGUGUUACUGCUGUGCUGAAUUUCCAGAGUACAGUUGAAGGGGCAAACUGGGGAAUUGAUUCAAAUUCAAUUAACGAAUCUUGCCAAAAAUUUAAUAUCCUGAUGAUUACUUAUCCAAUAAGGGAUGCAGAUUCAUUUGACAUGAGGAAGAAACUGCCUUUCUGUGUGGGUCUUCUGUUGCGUUUACUGAAAAAGAAUCACCGAGUUUAUAUCACUUGCACCACUGGAUUUGAUCGGUCGCCUUCUUGUGUGAUUGCGUACCUUCACUGGAUGACAGAUACAUCCCUUCAUGCAGCAUACAAUUUCAUAACUGGGUUGCAUUCAUGCAAACCAGAUAGACCAGCAAUUGCUUGGGCAACCUGGGAUCUCAUAGCCAUGGUUGAAAGUGGCAGACAUGAAGGACCUCCAACCCAUGCUGUGACCUUUGUGUGGAAUGGACAUGAGGGGGAAGAUGUAUAUCUGGUGGGAGAUUUUACAGGGAACUGGAAAGAGCCAAUCAAGGCUGUUCAUCAAGGUGGACCAAGAUUUGAAGCUGAAGUUAGACUUCCACAGGGGAAGUAUUACUAUAAGUAUAUUAUUAACGGGGACUGGAGGCAUUCCACUGCUUCGCCGACAGAAAGCGAUGACAGGGGAAAUAUCAAUAAUGUCAUUGUAGUUGGCGAUGUCGCCAGUGUGAAGCCUUCAAUCCAACCACAGAAAAAGGAUGCAAACAUUGUGAAGGUCAUUGAGAGGCCAUUGACUGAAAAUGAGCGCUUUAUGUUGGCAAAAGCAGCUCGUUGUGUUGCAUUCUCUGUCUGUCCGAUAAGGCUGGCCCCUAAGUAAUGGCUUCUUCACUCUUCUGUUGUAAUUGUAGCAUCUGGCAGUCAUCCAAGGCUCUGCAGUCUUCAGUCUGCAGCUCUAGUUAUCUCAGGGAUCUCAGUUCUUCCCCGGCUGUACUCUAGAAAGAAAUAACAUGCAGGCAGACGAUCAGUUGGGACAUAUGUGGAUAUCAUGGUGGUGAGGAAGCACGAUGCCCCACGUACAUAUCAUAUCAUAUCAUAUCAUUUCCGAAAUAUAAAUUAGAAUAUUGCUCUGUGGAAUAUGUAUUUCAUAAAAUAUAAUGGUCACUGUCUUGUCUUCAUGUGAAAUAUUAAUGCACAUUAUUAUGUAAUUCUCUUCUUCGCUAAAGAAGCGUUGAUUCGCCAUGUCCUGCUAAAGCACCAUAAUAGGCUUCUUUGUUUUUGGUUUGAUUUAUAAUAUAUAUACAUAUUUCACAGAUGGCUAGUAUUUU